AUGCAUGGUUUAAUUCAGAUACAAGAUGAUGUUGAUAUGCCAUCUGAUGAAAAUAUGUUUUUAUUGGGAAUGGAAACAUUUUUAGGACGAAUGAAAUUCGAAUGGCAGUGUUGUGCACCAGCCGAUCCAUUAAAAUUAAAUCUUAGAGAGUAUUAUUCUAUGAACGAUCAAGGAACAAUUGAAACUGCAUAUUUUAAGAAAUGGAAAAUACAAUAA